UAUCCAAGUCUGAGUAGAGGAAAUCAAAGUACCGGAGAACAGGGAGGCAGCACACACUCACACAGGCCGUACCUCAGUUAUCUCCAUCGUCUGAAGGUUUGUCAGCAGAGAAAAUGAACCAGUGUUUGCAGGGGAUGCUGUUUCUGUCGGUUCUGGUGGCGUUCGCCGCCUGCAACGCUCCUCCGGUACCGUUAGACGACAUCCUCAUUGAGAAAACUUUCGUGCCAGAGGAGUGUGUGCGCGCAGUCAAAGUGGGGGAUUAUGUCAGGUAUCACUACAACGGCGUGUUUCCGGACGGCAAGAAGUUCGACUCGAGUUACGACCGUGGCAGCACCUACAACGUGUUUGUGGGCAAGAAGCAGCUGAUCGAAGGGAUGGACAAAGCUCUGGUGGGGAUGUGUGUCAACGAGAGACGCCUGGUCAAGAUCCCACCUCACCUCGCAUACGGAAAAAAGGGAUACGGUGACAUCAUCCCCCCUGACUCCAUCCUCCACUUUGAUGUCCUGCUCCUUGACGUGUGGAACCCAGAGGAUGGCGUCCAGAUCAAAACCUACCACACCCCCCCCACCUGCUCCAGAAAAGUGGAGGUGUCUGACUACGUUCGCUACCACUAUAACGGCACACUGCUGGACGGGACACUGUUUGAUUCCAGCCACACCCGCAUGCGUACCUAUGACACAUACGUUGGGAUCGGGUGGCUGAUCGCUGGUAUGGAUCAGGGCCUUCUGGGGAUGUGUGUUGGAGAGAGACGCAUCAUCACUAUGCCACCAUCACUUGGAUAUGGAGAGAAUGGAGACGGUAGCGACAUCCCAGGACAGGCAUCUCUUGUGUUUGAUGUCGUACUUCUGGACCUCCACAACCCCAGAGAUGGGAUCACAGUGACCAAUCAGGUGGUACCCGAGCCCUGCACGAGGAAGACCGUAGCUGGAGACUUUGUACGCUACCACUACAACGGCAGCCUCCUUGAUGGAACAUUUUUUGAUUCCAGCUACUCUCGUAAUCGCACCUAUGACACCUAUGUGGGACAAGGCUACGUGAUUGCCGGCAUGGAUGAAGGUCUGAUUGGAGUCUGUGUCGGAGAGAGGCGCACCGUCAUCAUCCCCCCACAUCUCGGCUAUGGAGAGGAGGGCACAGGCUCUAAGAUCCCUGGCUCAGCUGUGUUGGUGUUUGACGUUCACAUCAUCGACUUCCACAACCCAUCAGACAGCACUGUGGUGACCGUAAUUUACAUGCCAGAUGAGUGUGAUAAGCAAACCAAGAAGGGAGACUUUGUCAAGUAUCACUACAAUGCCUCUCUGAUGGACGGCUCAUCCAUCGACUCCACGUAUAAUUAUGGAAAGACAUACAACAUCGUCCUGGGAGCCAACCAGAUAGUCCCAGGGAUGGAGGAUGGACUGAUGGACAUGUGUGUAGGAGAGAGAAGACACCUUGUCAUUCCUCCUCACCUGGGCUAUGGGGAGAGAGGAGUCACUGGGGAAGUUCCAGGGAGUGCUGUGCUGGUGUUUGACAUCGAGCUUGUAGAGAUGGAGGAAGGACUCCCUGAAGGCUACAUGUUCAUCUGGAAUGAGGAUGUAUCACCCGACCUCUUCACUGAGAUGGACACAGAUAAGGACAAGCAGGUGGAGCCCUCUGAGUUUACUGACUACAUCAUGAAGCAGGUGAGCGAGGGUAAAGGCCGCCUGGCUCCAGGCUUCGAUCCUUAUCGCAUCAUCGAAAACAUGUUCUCCAACCAGGACCGUAAUGGAGACGGAAAGAUCACAGAGGCAGAGUUCAAACUAAAAGCAGAUGAAGCCGCCACUCACGAUGAGCUAUGACGGGGCUGAGUGUAAAACUCAGAUCAGGGUGAAGGCUGAAGGGCCAGACAGCGGGGUUGUUAUACAUAUGUGGGUGGUAGAGUAGAAAAUGAUGGGGUUGUGUGUGUAAAGUGAGUGGGUGUGAAGCAAGAGAGAUUUUGUUUUAUUUUUAUUUUGAAGAUUUAGAUGAUGGUCAAAGGGCGUCUUGUCCUUUAGAGGGAUAGUUCAGAUUUUUUGAAGUGGGGUUGUAUGAGGCACCUAUCCAUAGUUAGUGUGUUACAUAGAGUAGCUGACAGUGGGCACGCUCCCAGUUUGGAGAAGCAGACAGGGAUACUUCCACAGAAGCUAAGCAAUGCAUUGCUGUGGACAGGUGCAGCAAGAAAACAUAUUUUAGUCGCCUAAAUGAGGACUAUGUGAACCCCCCCCCCCUGUUUUAUUUCUCUCUUCAAAGCCACCAGACUCCAUUGACAAAAACAGUAAUUUUAUCUCAUUUAACAUAGGAUGGGAGUUGCUGGUCUGUCGCUGCCUUGAUCGGUUAGUUUGUUUGUGUUAUAGACCUUGGUGAAUCUGUACGAACUCAUCAAAACACCAAAAUCAUGCAAUAACACCAACAAACUAUUUUAAUUUCAAUUUCAAAGAAGCUUCAUGGGCAUGGAAAGUAUACAUUUAUAUAUAUUAUAUAUACGAUGUAAAAUUACUGUUUUUGUCAAUGGAGUCUGGCUGUGAAGAGAGCAGUGUGACGGCUUCAGUUUAUCACUUGUUUGAAGGCAAGAUAAAGUAAUAAAAAAUAUGUUUUACUGCUGCCCCCAUCUACUGCAAUACUUCGCUUAUCUUUUGGGGUGGUGCUGUCUGCUUCUCCAAACUGGGGGCACUGACUAUGGGUAAGUCCCUCAUACAACCCCAUUUCAAAAAAAACUGAACUAUGCCUUUAGGAGCCAAAUGAGUCUGAGAAGAAGAAAGAGGGUGAUUUAGGAGUGAGAUUAUUUUGAGAUCUAAAUACUGGGAAGAAAACAGGGUCUACGAUGACAGCGAAUGACCUUUUUUACCUCCUCUCCCAUCAAGUUGUUGCCUUGUUUUAUGUGACUUUUUUUAUUUGAAGGGUACAAAAGCACUCGUGUGUGUAAGAACAAAUUAAUGCCUCACUCCACCAUCUCUUUAUUCAUCACUCCCUCGUGACAUUUAUUGUUGUUAACAUUUUGUGGUUGUUUUCUUUUCACUGGGUAUCAGCUCAUCUCUGAAAUAUCUGACAGUCUUCCAGGAGCAAUGAGUCGGCCAUCAUUCACUGUCAUAUGCUGUGAUAGAGGGAAGUUGUUUCUGAGAGUUACAACUUGUGUAUUGAUUUAAAAAAAAGUGAUUAUUUUAAGUGAGACCUUCAACUAAGAAUGACAUUUUAUUUACACAGUUUACAGCUGACACCUUUCACUGUUUUACCUUUAAAUGUCAGGGUGCCUUCUGUGUCUUCUGCUGUUCAAACCACCCAAGAUAACGCUGAAACUGCUUUUAUAGGGCUGAUUGUGUAUGCGCAGAGUGGUGACGUCUAUGUGUGUGGCAGAAAUCCCCUUAAUAAUGGCCUGUGAUUUGAGACCCUGGGGUUGCAAUCACUUUCGGUCAUCUAGUUGUUUCAUUACUUGUUUGUUUACCUGUGUGAGAGAGAGAGAGUGAGUGAGAGAAUUGUGUAUGAAUGUUAUUUUUGUUUUACUUUUUUAUUCAGGAGAAUACUGAGGCUUAAUGAUGACAAUGUCAACAAAAAGUUUAAUGAUUAAAUCCCCUGACCUAAA